UAUAUUCCAGAUCAGAUAUUAGUUACAUGAGCACAGCAAUAUAUGCAGAAAACUGAGCAGACAGUUGAAGAAUUUAUAGUGCAGACACGUGCAAUUCUGGAAUACCAUUGCUGUCCAGUUGUCAGUUAGUGACAAAUUUGUUGAGUUGCCGCUCUAAAGGAUGGCAGACAAUAAUAUUGAAGAGGCCGAUGCAUCUCACGUUGUAUCUUCACCAAAAUCUUUACAAAGUUCAGUAGAGCCUAAGCUAAUUGAAGGUACUGAUGAAGAUUAUGAUAAUAACCUUCAGAAGACAGUAAGUACCACUUUUGUGGCACCAAUUCAGCAAGAGCAUCCUAUGAGCCUUGUGUUGGCUGAGAACAAAAGCAAUUUGCAAGAAAUUUCACUUGAACAGAAGGUUCCUACUGGUGAUUCUAUUAACCUUUCACCAAAAGUGGAUAACAGUGAAUUGCCAUCUACCAAUGAAGUUCAUGAUGGUAUUCCAUCUUCCUCUUGCGAAACCCAUGAUGAUUCUAACACAAUGAAAUCAAACACAGCGAGUUCCAUGCUUGAGGCACCAAUGCAACAAGAAUGCCCUAUGAGCCUCAUAUUGACUGACGAAAAGGGUGAUUUGCAUGAAGUUUCAGUUGAACAAAAGGUUCCCAUUGGUGAUUAUGUUGCCCUUUCACCAAAAGCAGACAGUUGUGAAUUUCCAUCCACCAAUAAAGUUCCUGAUGGUUUUCCAACUUCCUCUAGUGAUGCCUAUGAAUCGAAGGAAGUCCAAGAUGAUUCUAUCAAAAUGGAAGCUUUAGAAGUAAAUGUCUGUGCAGCUUCACAGUCUUUGCUUGGGUUAAGUGAAGGGAUCCAAGAUGAUUCUUCUUGUAUUGAUUCUGGUAAGGUUACUUGUGGAACACCACCUGCUAUCCUGAAAAAGGUGAAAGAAGAUAAGCCACUGAUUGUCAACAGAUCCCAUAAGGGCCAAAUGAGCCUAGGAGACACACAGCAAAAGGUGCCUGCACCAGUGAGCAGAUCAAGCACCAGCAAGUACUUGAGAAUGGAUAAAACCAUUGUUGAUACUACGACCCCCAUUGAAUCAGUAAAGGUUGCUGCAUCAAAGUUUGGUGGUAGCAUCAACUGGAAAACUCGCAGAUCACAAACAGCACAGGAUACUGAUCAUAUCAUACUUGAGCUUGAUAAGCUGAAGAACGAAAUUUCAGUGUGUAAACAUCAAGCAGAAGCUGCAGAGGCUGCAAAGUUAUCAGUAUUCAAUGAGCUUGAGAGAACAAAGAAGAUUAUUGGCGAGAUGAAACGUGUCCUGGAGAGGCAACAAGCCAUAGAGGUUGAUGGCAAGGAGGACUUGGAGUUGUUUCAAUUUAUUUUACAAGAGAUGGAGGAGGGAGUUGCCUCUGAUGAUAGUAUCACGGUUGAGGAGAAGUUGAAUAAUACUCAUGAACGGCACAAAUCAUUGGUUGCCAAAGUGAUGCUAGUGAAAGAUGACUUCAGAAAAGUCCAGGUGGAUUAUGAUUCUUUGUUGAUUGAAACAGAUAUUUCCGUUAGAAAAGCUCAGGCAGCCUUCACAGCGUCCAAAGAUGCCGAGAAACAAGUAGAGGAGCUCACCAUAGAGUUCCAAAGACUGAAGGAGGUGUUUGAUUUGGCUCAGGCAACAUGCCAUGAUGCUGAAGAACACAAGAAAGUCAUGUUGAUAGCGCGUGAUGAGGAUUCCCUGGCAUGGGAAAAGGAUCUCAGACAAGCAGACAAAGAGCUGAAUCAAAUCAGCAUGUACCUCUCUUCUGUUUUAGAAUUGCAAUCAAAGCUUGAUACAUCAUCCAGCUUGUUGCUGGAUCUUAAGAAUGAGCUAGCAACUUGUUUGGAGGCAAAGCUAAUCGAGGAAGCACGAGAACAAGAAAGUGGAACUCAUAAAUCCAAGCAAGAAGAAGCCAUCAUUCUGUCAAGGAAUGAGCUCGAGGAGCACAGGAAAAGCAUAUCUAAGGUGACAGAUGAAUUAUGUUCUCUGAAAGCAACUGCCGCAUCACUCAAAUCUGAGUUGAACAAAGAGAAAGCAGCACUUGUCGCCAUUCAACAGAGGGAAGCGAUGGCAUCCAUAACCAUCCAAUCUCUCAAGGUGGAGAUUAAACUGUGUCAGCAGGAACUUGAAGCAGUUCAUGCCAAGGAGAAGGAGCACCCAGAUAAAACAGUCAAGUUGCCCAAGGUUCUGCAAGAUGCAGCCAAGGAAGCUGAGGAUGCUAAGUCCGUCGCUGCCAAGGCGCAGGAGGAGCUAAGAAAGGCCAAGGAAGAAGUGGAGGAAGCCAAGGCUGCUCUGAGCACUAUGGAAUUCAGGAUUGAAGCAGUUCUGAGGGAGAUAGAAGCAGCGAAAGAGUCUGAGAGGCUGGCGGUGAAUGCUCUGGAGGGCACCAAGGUUGCAGCAAACAUCAAACAACAGGGUUCUUCUCAGAUCAUCACGCUUGGUUUGAAUGAGUACGCAUCUCUGAUCGAGAAGCCCCAUCUGGCAGAAGAGCUUGUGCACGAGAAGACAGCUGCUGCUAUUGCACAGGUCGAGGCGGCCAAGGAGUCCGAAUCACGCACCUUAUCAAAACUGAACGAAACGUACAAGGCCUUGGAAGAACGAAAGCAGGCAUUGCUGGCAGCCACAGAGGAGGCGGACAGGGCCACGGAGGGCAAGCUGGCCAUGGAGCAGGAGCUGAGGAAAUGGAGAGAGGAGAAUGGGAGGCGCCGCAGGGCUGGUGACCAAACUUCAAAACCUGAAGCCAAAUCUUCAAACACAGCAGAGAUCAUCAUCGGUGGAGAAACGAAGUGCACGAGCAAGGAAGACACUCGCGCCCCCUCGUCGGUUCAUCCGCUGUCGGACGCGUCCGGGAGGAGCAGCCCCAACGAUCUGCAUCUGGCCCUGCAAGCGAAGACGAAGAAGGCAAAGAAGGUGUCGUUCUUCCCGCGCGUCAUCAUGUUCCUGGGCAGGAGGCGGCUCAAAGCCGCGAAGUAACCUGGUGAUGUGCAACAGUGACGGGAGUGUGUAAAUUUGCAGUAAUUUGUUCGAUGGCACGUUGUGUGUGAUGUAUGUGUUGAAGAAAUGAGAUCGCUGGUGUAUUCAGUUUGCUGUACAAGAUAUGCUUCUAUAAGGGAAUUGGAUCUGUUCUUUUCUGCUCC